AAUCGAAAGACCUUUCAUUUGCUGGUAGACAGGUAUUGGCUCUUUCUGUUUUAAAUACUAUUCCCUAUUAUGUUAUGCAAUCAACCCUCCUUCCUGGAGGAGUCUGUGCCAUGAUUGACAGGAAAAUCAGAAGCUUUAUUUGGGGAAGCUCUGAAGACAAAAAACACAUGCAUCUUGUUAAAUGGGAUAUAAUUACACAACCAAAGAAGAGAGGUGGACUUGGUAUUAGACGAAGCAUGGAUAUGAAUAUCAGUUUCAUAGCAAAACUUGGGUGGAAGAUCCAAACAGAACCUAAUCAACUUUGGGUGAAGGUUUUGAUGGCCAAGUAUGCUAAUGGAGAAGAAGGGAUUCAUAACAUAAAACCAAAGGCAGGAGCCUCUAAUGUCUGGAGGGGUUUGGUUAAGGCAAAGCAGGUUCUCCAAAGAGGCAUUAGUAUGCAGAUUGGUAAUGGGCAAAAGACUUUAUUUUGGCACGAUAGAUGGAUAGAUCAGACUUCUUUAAAAGAUCAAGUGCCUUUAGAUAGGCAGGUCCACAUUAAUGAAGGCAAAGUCGCAAGCAUGUGGAUACCAGAAGUCGGGUGGAAUUGGGAGCGAAUCGGGGACCUGCCCGACGACCUUAAGAAUAAACUAACCUGCUGUUAUAUUACAGAUGAUGAAGAUGAAUGUUACUGGCAACCUAGUGCGACAGGUAAGUUUUCAGUGUCUUCAGCAUAUGAACUUACUAAUAUAGAUGGUUUAGAUAUGCAGGAUACAGGGUGGGUUAAAAUUUGGAAACUUAAAAUUCCAAAUCGAAUACGGGCAUUUCUUUGGCUUGCAAGACAUGAAAGACUUGCAUGUAACGCAGAGCGCUAUAGAAGGCAUCUUGCUGAAGCAGAUACAUGUCCUUCAUGUGUGGACAAAUCUGAGUCGGUGGAGCAUAUCAUCCGUGACUGCCCGAAUAUUAAGAGAAUAUGGAACAAAUUGCUAGGCACAAGCAUAGUGCAGGGGCUUUCAAAUCAUAAUUUUAGACAAUGGAUGGAUGAUCAAGUUGCAGGGAAAGUUAGAACCCCCUAUGCCCAUGAGUGGCCAGUGAUCUUUGCUACCACAUGUUGGGGGGCGUGGAGGUGGCGGAACGAUUAUGUUUUUAAGGACAUGGAGUAUGAUGUUGAUGAAAAACUCACAUGGAUUUUUAACCAAAAAGAUGAUAUCUUGAGAGCUUUUCAUAUUCAGAGUAUUAUUGACAACUCACAAGAGGAAGAAUGCAUGAUACAAGUUCGUUGGCAGAAACCAGACAAUGACACUUUCUGUUUGAAUGUGGAUGGGAGUGUGGAUGGUACAGGUGCAAGCUGUGGAGGAGUGCUUCGAGGACAUGAUGGAAACUGGAUAGGAGGCUUUAUGUGCUCAUGCAAUACUAAGCAUCCAACAGUUGCCGAAGCGUGGGCUGUGCUGCAGGGGCUAAAGUGGGCAUGGAAGAAAGGUUUGCGAAAGCUGAUUGUCCAAUGUGAUUCUUUAGAGUGUGUUGAAUGGAUUCAUGGUAGACACACUACAAGAGGUCCGGCACGCGAAGUGAUUGAGGCAUGUCAGAGUUGGAUGGGAAGAGAUUGGAAUGUUACCAUCUGUCAUAUUCUAAGGGGUCAGAAUAAAGUCGCAGACUUACUUGCCAGAAUGGGAAAAAACAGAGCGUUGAUUUGGAGAGAGUUAGAGUUCCCACCGAAUGGUGCACGUCAAUUGCUAGAGGAGGAUAAGCUGGGGUACUAUACAGUGAGGAACCUUUCUUGAGUUUAUGAUAUUCUACGAUAACUUCAUAUCAUAAAAUGAUAUACACAAUACAUAUAUACACAUACUUUUAUGUGUUUACACAUAUAUUUUGCAUAUAAAAAUGUCUUAUACUUUGAGAUAUCUAUAGAGAAACAAAAUGUAAAAAUAAAAAAUUAGGAAAGACUAUAUAUAACGGAUCGGAUAUACGGAUAAACGGGUAUUUAAACGGAUGUCAAUGCGGAGCGGAUUAUAAACGGAUCGGAUGUAUGAUUACCAAAUCCGUAUCCGUUUAGCAAUCGAAUAUCCUUAAUCGGAUACGGAUAAUAACCGCUUUUAACGGAU